AUGUCGUACAUUCGGACCUGUUCCUCUCUGUUUCUCAAGCUGCAUCAUCGUGCACCUCAGCUCGUGGUGCUUUCAUGUCGUCCUGAACUUGUCCAAAGGAAUCCUGCACAAUCGGCUCCUGCAUUCGUUUUACGCUCCGAGCGAAGGAGCAUGAGUCCAGCCUUUGUGUUGAACAGCACGUUCAGCGUCAUAGGCCAUUACCAAACGACACGACGUAUCGGUUAUUUCCUUUUUCAACACAGUGAGCAAAUUGGUGAAUGCACGCAUCUUGCGAACGUGCAACCCGAAGCGCUGACGACACCAGUACGGUAUCAUGAACUCCUGCUAAAUCUCAUUCUCAUAUGCAAUUUUGACGCUCGCAUACUCCCUGAAUCAAGUGAUGAAAGUACGCCCUCUGCACGAUACGGCGCCCAGAGCGUCGGCACAGGUCCGGACGGCAUUCCUCAAUCUGUUGGAAUGUCCCGCGGCGUCUAUGAUGCCCAGCUGCAGAUGAUACUGAACGCUGGAAACCAUGAGCAGCUUCCUGUGAUAUCCGUUCGGAUCUUUGGAUCCUUCAUUAUGGUUUGGAGGUACGUCGACGCUCAUGAUAUUGCUGGACCUUGGAUGCACGCCCACCACGAAGAGUUUCUUAUCACCUACCGUGAACAGUUGGAUACGACUCGCAUUGUUCGACUCAUGAUUCGGUUUCCGAUGAAUUCGAUGGAGAUUAAGCCUUCGUUGGUCUGCAACGUUACUGUAUGCUUCGUUCCGUUUUCGCCCGGUCUAGGAGAAAUCUUGAGCGAGCUCUACCAAUACAUUUCGCGGACUCGUUUGAACUCUUCACAUUUGCUUCCGGGUGUCCGCCCUAACCCGCUGAGGAGGCCACACAACAUUGUAGACACUCAUCUAUGGCGAUGUAAUGAGCAUUAA